GUGAACUGCGCGUGCGGCUAGAACUCCGGUGCUCUGAUUGGGGAUUUAGAAGAGAAUCACACAUGCGCGUAGAACUCCGGCGUCCUGACCGGGGGGGGGGACGUGAAGUGAACCGCGCAUGCGCAUAGAAUUCCGGCUCUGUGACUUGGUGGAUGUAAAGUGACUCGGAGCCGCGCGUGCGCACUCUGCCCUCAGCCUGCGGAAGGGGCUGUGCCGAAUUGACCGGUUGGGAAGCGGCGGGAGAGCAGUCUGUGGGGUGCGGCUGUUGCCAUGGCAACGAGGGUUGCUGCUGGUUAGACUUCUGGAACAAGAGCCGAACUGUUUGCUGUGAGCGGCUAACAAGAGUUCUCCGAAGAGAUCGCUGUCUGGAGCUGAGAUUCUGCUGGUGACGGCGUCCUUGUCCACUCCAUCUACUUCCACAUGAAGAAGAAACCCCUUGACACUCAGGCGGCAGCGUCUGCUGACAGCAAACCUGCUGCUUGUGCGAAGAAGAAGGUCUCCAUUUCAGCAAAGAGGCUUCGGGAAAUAGCUCCUCCCCGUCGCCUGGAACGCCCUGCGCUGACUAAGGAUGAGGGAGCCUAUGUCCCACCAGCAUUGGUGGCAAACAAACCUGAACCUCGUAAGCUGACAACAGAAACAUCUGAAGAUGAAGCAGAAGGUGAUCCAAGCAAAUAUUUUGCCAGAGGGUCAGAACAGUUGCCAUUUCCUGGAAAAGAUGGACAAGACUCACAGGCAACUCCAGAGGCUUAUUGCCCUGAAAAUACAGUACAUGUUCCUUCAGAAAUGAAAGAAGCAGCAGCUAAACAAAAAGCAGCAGACAUUUUUGUCUCCCAUUAUGAUGCUGGACAGAAGGAGGCUGUAAGAGCUGUAUUCAAGCAGCGAAUUCAAAAUGCUCCGGUGUUUAAAGAGGUGAAGGUACAGCUUCUAGAUAACACGUGGCCAGACAAAAAGGACAAUCCUAAGUCAACAUGUAGUGAGAUGGAUUCAGCAACUACGAUUGCCGCCGCCACAGCAGCAGCCAUUGCUUCUACAGCUCCACUUCUCAAACAUCUGUUCCACAUCUGUGUGUGUGGAUUUGUGACUCUCGAACAACCUUUACAAAAGAUCCAGAACUCUUUGUGGUUCUGUGGAAAAAGGUCCCUUCAAAGCAGCUCACUUCAUGGUGUCCCAUUCCUGCCACAGUUGGACCUUGGCCACCACCUCUCUACACACAUGCAAGUCCAAGCAAUCUAUUCAGGAGGUGCCAGUGAUGACAUUCAAAGUCCUAAACAACUUGGCACCUCAGUACUUAAAGGAGUCCCUCUCCUCGCACAUGCCUGCCCAAGGAAUGAGAUCCACUGGAGGGCCCUCCCACUGCUGAAGACAAUACAGGUCCAAAGUGACUUGGAAGCAAAAGUGAGCUCUGUAUCCGAAAUACUGAAUAAGUUACAGGAGACAGACAGACAACUGCAGCAUGUGGCAGAACAGCAAGCAACUGUAAAGGCUCAACAGAGUAAUAAGUCCCCUUGCCACCAGAGGGUUGGCGAGCUUGAGAAGCAAAUGAACCUAUUUAUGGAACAGCGAAUUCAGCAUCUGGAAAACUUGCAGCAGCAGCAAAUGAAUAUUCAGUCCCAAUUAAUUAGUUCUGCAUUGAAUUCUGGUGGCUUCCAAGCUGCCAGCACAGCACCUUCCAAAGAAACGACAAAAAAUGCUGCAAAGCCAGGAAGAUCACUUGCCACUCAAACCUCAACUCAACAGGAUUUAUUUUCUGCUUGUGCUGUGCAUACACAAGCCUGUUCAAGACACUUUGGAAACCAUAAUGUCCAUAGGCAGAAGUCCCCUCUAAACACACCAGCACCACGGCGCUAUGCUCCUGUGCCAGUAUCCAGAGAUGCUAAAAUCUCUCAAAAAAUGUCCAAGAGAGAACAACCUGUUGGAGAAAAAGAAAAUGUGCAUCAGUCAGCUUAUGGAAGAACUUUGGGAGGAGGAAAACUGCUAGAACAGAUUUUGAAUUCUCAAGAAACUCCCUUAAGACAGGAUCCAAUGAAAAGCAAUACAGUGCUGUGGCCUUUUGAAAGAGAGUGCAGAUCCAAUGUUCAGCAGCCAGAGCCCAUCCAUGCCUUUAAAAGCACAGAUCAAAAUUCCAAUCCAAUUGAGAGAACUGUUAAGAAAGCAGAUGAUGUGCUCCGUGAUCUGGGACAGCUGAAGAGGGAAAUGCAUGACAUCUUGCAGGAUGCAAAGGAUUGGAAAUCAGACAUGAAUAGGAUUAUGAAGACCACGCCAAACCUGGGAGAAGCAGUCCAAGUGAAAGAUCACCUACAGCAACCUCAGUCUUCACAUUCACUGUGGCCAUCAUCAGAGGCUCUUAUCCCCAUGCCUCCACCAGCUGAGCAAAAAGAUCCUGUUGCUCCAACGCUUCUUGAGCUUCAGCAGCUUUCCAAGUCAUCCAUUCUUCAAUCAACCAAGGCAUCAAAAUCCAUACUGAGAGAUGCUGAAAAGAUCCUGAGAGCCGUGCAGAAGAAUAAGAAGCUCCUGGAAGAAAACCUGGAAGCCAUUAUUCGUGCCAAGGAUGGCAAUGCCUUACAUGCCUUCAUAGAUGAGCUGACAGCAGACAGAGAUGUGCUGGAGGAGAUACGGAUCAGAAAGACUGUGGAUGAAUGGAUCAAGACUAUCAGCAUGGAAAUCCAGGAUGAAAUGGGAAGGACAGACUGCCUCAAGAGGCAACAAGCCACCAAGAUGACGAAAGCCAGCAGAGAAAUGAAUGGAAAAUCUCAAUAUCCUCCAAGAAUACCAACAAAAAGGCCUGUGCCUGCAACAAGACCCAUUCAAAAGCUCACAGAUAUGGGGUUUCUGAAAACAAGGAUGGGGUUACCACAUGAAGAGUUUCUCUCUCAGGUUUAUGGCAGGCCGAUUUACCAGGGUCACAGGAGCACACUUAAAAAAUCUCCAUAUCUCAGGUUCAACUCGCCCCCUCCCAAAUCAAAACCUCCAAGACCUAAACUGAUAGAAAGUGUUAAAGGUACAAAAGUUAAGUCAGCGAGGACACAAACCAACUACUCUGUGCAUAGCAAAGUUGCUAGUCCUGAAAGGCCACACCUAGCAUCUGCUCCUCAUCAAGAACUCCAGUAUCUCUUCAGCCCCAAUAAAGAGGCACCCAGUACCUCUGGUCCUCUUGAGGGUCAUCUGAUUCCAAUGGCUAUUCCACUAGGCCAAAAACAGAUCAACGGCAUUUCGCCUCAACCUUCAGGCAUAAGUAUAGGUGAAUUCCAUCCUGUUACUGUGACAACCUCUGUUCCUCCUCCCCCUCCUAAUCUACAAAAACCACAACUGAAUGUUAAGAAGCCCAAUAUUGCAGUGAUACACAUGAAAUCAGAGAAAAAGGAUCCUCCCAAACUGACUCUGCAGGUGCUACCAAAUGUUGAUAUUGACAGUAUUUUUAGUGACCGUUCAAGUGUAAGCCAAGAUUCUUUAACAUCCUUUCCUACAAAGGGUAUGAUACAGGCCUCUCCAGACGGUAGUCAGCUCCAUGAUGAAGAACUAAAACUUCCUGGUGCUCAUUUUGAUGUCACUGAUGUCAGUCAGGAUGAAGAAGAUGAGGAUAUUGACAUCCCAGAAUUUGUAGAACCAGUUCUAGAGUUCAACAGACGAGGAGAAAGAGAAUCCCCCAAAUAUAAUGGCCCCCCAUUUCCACCAGCUGCUCCUCCUCCUCCUCAAGUCUCUUCCGAUGUUCUGGAUGAGAUCAUAGAAAAACAGGAGACCCUGGAAAACAAACUGGUUGACUGGGUGGAGCAAGAAGUAAUGGCGCGAAUCAUCAAUGGGAUGUAUCCAACACAGAAAGAGGCAGUGCCCAACAUAAACUCUUCAGAGAGUGAGCACAGUCUAUCUGUGUCAUCGGAUAUUGUUGAAGCUGCAGGUACUGCUGGCUUUCAGUUGUUUGUGGACGCUGGCAUCCCAGUGGAUUCAGAAAUGAUUCGACGAUUUGUGAAUGAGGCACUUGCUGAGACAGUGGCUACCAUGCUUGGAGACAGAGAGACCCACAAAGCAACUUCUGUUCCAGUCAUUCCUCCAACAGUGUUACCAGAAAAGGAAACUGCAUUAUCUACUCCUCUGGUCACGCCUGAAGCCACACCACCUCAGUCACCACCACCUUUAAAUGAACCAUUUCCAGUAAAAACCCCAGAGUCCUCUCUAUCGGUGACUGAAAUGGAUGGAAAUGCUGGUGAACAGCCACUAAGAACAGGAGCAGGACUGGAGGCAGCUGUUGCUAGCCUGGUUCACACACCUGUAGUUACCCCUGUGACUACACCACCCAAAGUAGUUACACCAAGUCCUCCUGUAUCAGAACAUGUUCCAGACAUGGAAGCAAAAGGAAAACCAGCACCUCCGAACCCUUGGGAAGAUGCAGAGCUUCCUCUGGAAGAAGAAAAGCCCAGCCCACAGAGUGAGGAAGGUGCCUAUCAUCCAAGAGCUGUGAUCAUGUCUGUGGCUAAACAUGAAGAACCGGACAACUUGGUUUUGCCAGCUUCAGUGCUGACUGAGCCCCAUGAUCUACAGUCUCAGGAACCCAGGGCACAAUCUCCUUCAUUGCAUACCCCUAGUUCUGGCUCUUCAACAGAAGAAAGCAGUCCAACCACCACAGAAACAGAGACUGUGGACAGGCCAAUUUCAGAAGGAGAACUUUUGUGUAGUUACGGACAACUGCUAGCUGCAAAAGCUUUAGCAGAGGGAGGACUUUCUCUUCCAAACCUUAGCGACAGUUUGACCAACUCUCUUCAUGAUGCUCAAGAGAUGGAUUACGAUCCCCCCAGUGAAGGGCAAGUGCUGCGGAGACCUCACAAAGGAUACCACAGGGAUCUGGCCCUCUCUCUCUUUUCAAAAUUAAACCAAGCUCCACUUGCUUCUCAGGAAGAGAUCUGUGGAUCUGAGAAUACUGAUGACAGUGCUGGGGAACUCAGCGAGGGUCAGAGGCCAAGGCUGACAAGAACUGCUGAAACUAUCCUAAUGGGACAAUCUGUUUAUAUGGACCGGCCUGCCAGCCAGGCUCCUAGGCAGCCAAAUCACCAUAAGCCAUCACCUGGACAACAUGGCAGAGAAGCAGGAGAGGUUCUUGAAGAUGCUGAUGUUACUCAUGGACCAAUGAGCAUGGCUGAACUGGAUCAACCUGUUUCCCCAACAGCUUAUGGAGACAGCAGACUGGCAUCUCACUUGGACAGCACAUCCCUGCAGAAACACCAAGAGACACAACAGCCAAUGAAAUCCAGAGUCAUCUUUGUGAAACCCAGAUCUGAAAGCACAGAGCAGCAAGAUUUCCCAGGAAAUACUAAUCAUGCUCAGUUUGAACCCAGUGGAUAUUUUGCAUCAUUACUUCCAGUGGCAGAAACUGCACCACACCUGAGCAAGCUGCCUGAACCAGCAAAGAUGUCUGUGAUGGUGCCAUCUGUCAAUAUUGAUGAUGAGCUUCAGAGCUUCAGUUCUAUCCAUGGGAGUUCAGAUUCUUCUGGAGCAGAUACACUUUGAAGCAGUCUUCUGUGCACUUGUGCAUAGAAAAGCACAGGUGGGGAGAGGGAAACACCCCCAGCUGUUGGCUCAAAAUAAUGGACACGGCAGACAUUUUCUCCAGAACCAGUGGUUUGAUGCAGAAUCAGCUUGCUCUUCAUCAUAAAUGAUUGAUGUGUGCAUUUGUGUGAGUGUGUCUUGCAUGUGAACUUGUACAUUUUUUAAAAGAAACAAAUAAAAAAUAUAUAUUUUCUUUUUAAAA